AAUGUCAAUACUGUAAUUUAUUAGACAAUUUUUACCCUUUGUGUUUGGGGAGAAGAUUCACUUAGCCACAUGUCUAUGCAUUUUCCCAUUUAUUUUCUGCAUUUAAGUUUAAUUCAUAUACUUAAAACAUUAUGAUUUUUCAAGAAACAUCAAAAAAGAAUCAGUGCAGCAUCAGGCACUGAUCAUUGACAGCAGGAGGCACGACACCAGUUGGUCCCAUUUUGCCAAUGAAGUGUUAACAUCUUUCCCCUCCCACAACCUAUUUAAACAAACAUCUGCCCUUAUCUUGAGUCUUUAGGAACCCCAAUCGCACACAGUCGCGAAUAACUAGCAUCUGUUGAAGAGACGUGAUGGCUUUGGCAGAUCCCGAGUCUGGAAUAUCAAACGGCGCGGAUUCCGCCUCCACGUUUUCUGACAUUAUUGAACUAAAUGUGGGAGGACAAGUGUAUGUGACACGGCACACGACUUUAAUAGCCGUACCGGAUUCUCUCCUGUGGAACAUGUUUAGUAAGAAAACACCAACGGAGCUGGCACGGGACAGCAAAGGUCGCUUCUUUCUGGACAGGGACGGCUUUCUUUUCCGCUACAUUUUAGACUACCUACGGGAUCUAAAUCUAGUUUUGCCUGACUAUUUUCCAGAGAAGAGCAGAUUACAGCGGGAGGCGGAGUUUUUUAAGCUGCGGGAGCUGUCCAAGCUCUUGAGUCCCAAAAUGAGUAAAGACAACUCCAUCACGGAUGAGAUCUGUCAGAGUGACUCGGAGGAGCCGAGCGUGCCUCCGCUCCUGGGACCCGACGCCUCGCGCACGCUGUCCGUCGCCAGCACCGCUCACUCACCUUCCCUGGAGUCCAAAAAGUCGGGCUACAUCACAGUCGGUUACCGGGGCUCAUACACAAUCGGUAGAGACAUACAGACAGACGCCAAAUUCAGGCGGGUCGCGAGAAUCACGGUGUGCGGGAAGACUUCUCUGGCUAAGGAGGUGUUCGGAGACACAUUGAACGAGAGCAGAGACCCGGACAGACCUCCGGAGAGGUACACAUCGCGCUAUUAUCUGAAGUAUAAUUUUCUCGAGCAGGCGUUUGACAAACUGUCAGAGUUUGGUUUCCAUAUGGUCGCGUGCAGCUCCACUGGCACGUGCGCUUACUCCAGCAGUGACCCAAACGAGGACAAAAUCUGGACAAGCUACACAGAGUAUGUUUUCUGUCGAGAAUGAGCCAAAAUGUGUUGCAUUUGAUUGUGUAUAUAGGCAUUCCACUACAAGAGUAAAGUUUCGGCCGUGUUGGAGAGGUGUAUUGGAGUGUUUCACAAAUUUCUAGUUGUGUGCAUCAUAGAAUUGGCUCCGAGACUACUAAGUUACUACAUGCUUUAACGAACUUAGAAUAACGGAAUAGUUAUCAUUGCACUUCCCUUCAUAGCUUCAUGUUUGCAGAUACAGUCUUUUUCAAAUUUGAGGGUCUAUUCGUAAAAAGUGGCAGAUGUGUUUUGUGCUUGCUGUUCUUGUUGCAUGUGUUUAAAAUGAACACAUGCAGUAUUUUUCUUCCCGGGUCAAUGAUUUAACGGACGAUUCCACUUUCAGGAAAAGUCGUUUGCUGACAUACAACAUUCUGGAAAGACCCUGACAUUCAGCUUCCUUUGUGUUCAUCAGACUGGUAGAUCUCAAUGACACUUUUCCUUGAUAAGUUCAGUUGUAUCUUUUCACUGUGAAUAACCUAGUAAAACUGAAAACCUACGUUUAAUUGUUGCCUUCAUUUCUUUAGUAAAAUUAAAGUGGUGCCAAAGUUACCUGCAGUGAUGCAUUGCACUUUUUUGACCAUUUUGAAUUUCAUUACAGAUUAAGAAAACCGAAUGAAGGCUCUUAAAACUCUUAAUAAGAAAUAACAGCUUUGUAAUAGAUAUUACAAAGAUAUUAUUAUUAUUAUUUUUUUAAGUGAGGAUAAGGCUACCUUUUUACAGCAUACUGAAUUUUGCACAUAUUUUGUUUGGGCAAAGAGUGGGAUUUUAUUUUUUUUUUGUCUUAGGUUUACUGUUUCCAUGUCUGAAUUACAACAAAGUUAUUCUCUUUAUUCCAGCAUUGUAAGCAUCUUAUAUCUGUUCAAAAGUUAUUAAUACAAUA